GGUUGAUCGAAUCUGUGGUAUUGUCAUGUUGCCUGUAGUAAUUUGCCCUCCAUAAUGCCGUUCCCAUUCGUCCUAUCCACCACAUCCAACAUCUCUUUCCAAUCUCAUCUGACUUCAGCUACCCAUCCAUCGUUCCCCUCUUCAGCCACAUCUCAGAGAGCAAUUCUGCGCUCAGCGUUGAAAGAUCACAAGAGACUUCACCCGGCUGAUCAAGCGGCCAACCUUGUCAGUCUUGCCUCGACGACUCAGAACUAUCUCAGAUAUCUCUUAUCCCUCGACUUUGCACUAAGUGGGAAACCCGUAGCAGGGGAAGAUGUCGACAUAGCCUUGGUCAAGGAAGUCGAGAUUGAGUGGAGGCCCACUUUGACUUCGAACCAUAUCCCAGGACGGGAAUUGGAGCGAGUCAAAGGAAAAGGUUUGGACUAUGAAAUCUAUUUUGUCCAUCAUACCCUUGCCUCGAUACAGACUCUCGUGGCUCGACAAUCACUUCUCGGGUUGUUUGCAUCAUCAAGCCCCAGUCCAGAACAGCGGACGGCACUGAUACAGAAUGCCACCAAAUGCCUUAAAAUGGCGUAUUCCAUUCACUUCUACCUCAUCCAACGAGCAAAUUCCUCCAGUGAUGGCCCACCAACAUUCCCACCCAAUGCUGUUGAUGUUUCUCCAUCAGUGCAAAGUGCGCUGCAGCGUCUGGCGCACGCCGAAUUCAAUCUUCUCUGUGUUCUCAAGGAUGACCCAUACCCAGCAUUGCUCAUACAAUCUCGGAACAAAGACGAUAGAGAGUGGAUGAUCAAAGCCCCAGAGAUACCCAAAGUCCGGGCUCAAGUCCUCACCAGGUUAUGUAUUGGCGCCGCAGAACAUGCCACCGCGGCGAGUGCCUCAUUGAAAAUUGAAGGAUCGAAAGUCUCCAAGGAUUUCAUUGAAUACUGCGACGGUGUAAAGAGAGCCGCCCGUGCAAAGGCUUGUAGAUUUCAAGCCAUUGAUGAAGAUCUAUCAGGAAGCACAGGGAGAGGCAUCGCGUGGCUGAGAGCAGCCUUGAAUGAGCUUGGGGUGGAUGUGGGCAAGGACGGCUCGAAACCAUCUGGACUUGGCAAGCUCAAAGCGUCAUGGAAUGAGAGGAGGGAGGACAAGCGGAUUGAGAAAGGAAGUGGACAUUGGGGAAUGGAUGGCGGUAAGCUUGAAGAGGUGCGGAUCGUUGAAUUCCUCCACCAAAAGAUGAGCAAAGAAAACGACACGAUCAAUGUUCAACUGGUGCCCGAAUGGAAGCCUUUGUUGGCCAUGCUCCCAAGCGGAAUGAACAUGCCGAUUGAUGAAAGAUGGAAACCACACCUGCUCGAAGAGGACGAACUGGCUUCCAUGAGAGCGCCUCCUGACGAGACUGAACUGGGUGAUGUCGGGACUUCGGAAGAUGAAGAUAGCGACCCUAGGCAGCCAGUCGGAGCAUUUCCAGGAACGCAUCAGGAGUAUGGAGGAGGGGACAGGGGAUAUUACUGAGGGAGAGAGCCUUGACCUUUGUCAGUGAUCUUGAACACAGAGAAUCCAGACUCAACAUCGAGAUAUGACAAUGACAGCCACUUUCUGACUGUCGUUGCCACUUCUGACAGACAACGACCACAGAUGAUUUCAACGACGAUAUGUACAAGUAUAUGUAUAUUUGCCUAAGGUGUCGUUGGUAUGCAC